GGUCUCAAACAGUUUAGACUUCGUCGGGUCCCCUGUGCAAUAAGACUCUGUAACCCUUCCAAUUCCAAUUAAAUUUUCUUUCGAAAUUAAACUCUUCACAGAGAAGCAGCCUUCAUGUGAUUAAAAUCUGAAUGUCAAAAGAGAAAUAAAUUUGAAUUCAAUUGUUUGUGAAAGGGGAUUUCUAAGCAGCUCAACUACAAUCCAAUGAGCUUUGUAAGAACCUACAUAUCAUACCUCGAAAUGCCUGUAAAUGAAUAGGGUCACAGUCCCUAGUCUUUUCUUCGCCAUUGCAGGUUAAGAGUAUGUUAUACCCUGAUAUGGUCAAAAUGGGUAAUUCAUGUGAUUCUGAGAAUGGAAAGAUUGUGGUUUCUGGCUUCCCGACAGAUCAGAGCGGAAACAAUGGAGAUGAAGAAGUUGAUAAGAAGGUACAAGAUCAUAAAGAAGAAGAUAAAGAUGAUACAGAAAAACAAGAUGAUGAACAAGAUGUAGGUCAGUGGGCACAAGCUGGUGAUGAAGGAGAUGAAGAAGAAGAUAAGGAUGAUACAGAAGAGGAAAAUGCAGAAGAAGAAGAAGAUGACGAAGAACAAGAUGUGGGUCAGUUGACACAAGAUGAAGAAGAUGAUGGUGAAGAAGAAGAUAAGGAUGAUGCAGAAGAGGAAAAUACAGAAGAACAAGAUGAUAAACAAGAUGUGGGUCAGUGGACACAAGCAGAAGAUGAAGAAGAAGAUAAGGAUGAUACAGAAGAGGCUGAAGAACAUGAUGAUGAACAAGAUGUGGAUCAGUGGGCACAUGAUGAUGAAGCAGAUGAUGAUGAUGAUGCAGAAGAGGAAAAUGCAGAAGAAGAUGAUGAUGGAAACAAAGAAGAUUGCAACAGUAACUUGUAUAUCAGUGGUAGCUCAUUUGAUGUUGGACGUGAGGAUUCUUGGGCUACUGAGUCCCCAACAAAUCUCCAGAUAAAUAGUGGAGAAGAUCAAGACUUAUUAUGUCGAGAUGAUCAAGAAGUAUAUGAGCAGGGAGAAGACAAUCAACGAGAAGAUGAUGAUGUACAAGAUGAAGAAGGAAAAGAUGAUGCAGAAAAUGAUGAAGAAGAAGCAGAUACCCGAACAGAAGAGGAUGGGCAAGAAACUGAUGGCAAUGAAGCUAACCACAGCAAUAGCGAAGUAGACAUCACUGGCAGUUCAUCUGAUGAUAUUUUGAGAGAGGAUAGAAACGUAGGCAUAAACAAUGGAGAUGAACAUGAUGUGGGUCAUUGAUAAAAAGAUGA